UGGGGGCGGGGGCGGUCGGGCCCGGCGCAUGCGCCGUCGCGGUGCGUCAUCCGAGACGCCGAACGAUUGCUCCUGGGGUCGGUGAGCCUCGGGCGGCCCGGGUCCUCCCUCGGCCAUGGCCCCCGCGCCCUCGUGCCGGGCCCUGCUGUCGCCCACGCCGCUGCUGCUCCUGCUGCUGAGCCUGGCACUGCUAGGAGUCCGCGCCGAGCCCCCCGCUGGGAGCGCCGUCCCUGCGCAGAGCCGCCCCUGCGUGGACUGCCACGCGUUCGAGUUCAUGCAGCGCGCGCUGCAGGACCUGCGGAAGACGGCCUACAGCCUGGACUCGCGGACCGAGACCCUCCUGCUGCAGGCCGAGCGCCGGGCCCUGUGUGCUUGCUGGCCAGCUGGGCGCUGACCACCCCAGCCAGUGCUGUCUUCUGUCAAUAAACUCUGCUCAUAGCCCGUG